AUGUCUAACAUCACGACGGUGACAGAAUUCCUCCUCUUGGGAUUCUCUGACAUCCGGGAGUGGCAGCUGAUCCAUGCUACGCUGUUCCAGCUGGUCUAUCUGGCAGCCCUGAUGGGGAAUCUCUUCAUCAUUGCCGUCACCACCAUUGACCGGCAGUUCCACACUCCCAUGUACUUUUUCCUCAAGAACCUUUCCGUCAUUGACCUCGGCUACAUCUUUGUCACAGUCCCCAAAUCCAUCCUCAAUUCCCUCACGAAUGUCAACUCCAUCUCUCUGCUGGGCUGCGCUGCCCAGGUAUUCCUCGUAUUUUUAUUUGCUGGAACAGAGAUGGCCCUGCUCAUGGUGACGUCCCACGACCGCUAUAUUGCCAUCUGCCGCGCCAUCGUGUACACAGCCAGCACCUUCUCUCUAUCCUUCUGUGGCCCCAACACUGUCCACCAGUUCUUCUGCGACGGUCCCCAGUUGCUAAGACUUGCAUGUUCCACUGUCCAUGUUACGGAAGAUGUGAUUUUGGCCAUCGCCGUCUGCUUAUCUUUCUUCUGCUUCGUGCUCAUCGUGGGCUCCUACGUCCGCAUCUUCUCAGCCGUGCUGAGGAUGCCGUCAGCAGAGGGCCACUCCAAAGCCUUCUCCACCUGCGUACCCCACCUGAUCGUUGUCACUCUGUUCCUCACAUCAGGCUUCUUUGCCUACCUAAAGCCAAUAUCAGACUCGCCCUCUGCACUGGACCUGCUGGUGUCUGUGUUCUAUGCCAUGGUGCCCCCUUCCCUUAAUCCCCUCAUCUACAGCCUGAGGAACCGGGACAUGAAGGCAGCGAUGGGAAGGCUGCUAUGGCCAAAAGAUUUCCCAAAGGAGAAAACAUCUAUCGGAUAA